CUGAAAAUGUGUUUUCCUCGCUGUACCUCGAGCGAGUGGGCUGGGCCGCGGGCCGGAAGCGGAAGUGCUGGCCCGCGUCUGCGAGUUCCUGUCUGGCCAUGGCUGAGUCUCCGCUCCGGGAACCGGUGCUGGACGCCAAAUCAGAGGUCACCUGCCAGCUUAUAGAUUUUCAGUGGAAACUGGGCAUGGCUGUGAGCUCUGACCAAUGUAGAUCGCUCAAAUAUCCAUAUGUGGCGGUGAUGCUCAAAGUGGCAGACCAUUCUGGCCAAGUAAACAGCAAGUCCAUCGAAAUGACAAUUCCACAGUUUCAGAAUUUCUACAGACAAUUCAAGGAAAUUGCUGCUGUAAUUGAAACGGUGUGAGAACUGAUUCGUGAUUCUAAAGUAAUGGACUCUACCAUGCAGAAAAGAACUACAUAUGGAUCAAAGGAUAUUUAUACAAUGAAAAUUGCACUUCUGGGGCAGGAGAGAUGGCUCAGAGGUUAGGAGCACUGGUUGCUCUUCCAGAGGGCCCAGGUUCAGGUUCAGUUCCCAGCACCCACGUGGCAGCUCACAACUGUCUGUAACUCCAAUUCCAAGGGAUUCUACACCCUCACACAGACUUCUAUGCAGGCAAAGCACCAAUGGGUAUAAAAUAAAAAGUUAACUAAAAAAAUUUCACUUCCCAUUUUUUUCCCAAUAACUUCUUAAAAAAUCUGAUAUAUUCAGAUUAUUUUAGUGGUGACCAAGGCUUUUCCUAGUCAAUAAGCUAAAAGUGUGUUGACUACUAAUGUUUGUAUGUGAAAUUUUAUCUUAACAGAUAUCUGAGUAAAGGAUACUUUUAAAUGUAGCACAGUUUUGUAUAUUAGAAAAUUUUCAAAUCUUAUUGAUACAGAUUUAACUAUGAAUAAAAUCUUGUCUAGAACUUACAUGAAGUUAAGAAAGUGAUCGUUGAUGAAAGCUACUGGACAAAUUCUGUUUUAUAACAUUCCCCUUGAAAUAAUUAAAGGAAUUAUUUGAAAGAA